AUGUCGGAUGCGGAUUUCAACGUCGUUAUCAAGCGUCAGCAGGAACGCAAUGCUGCCGCUUCUGGAAAGAAAGGCUCGCGCGCUCAUGAUGUGACGCAGCGCAGCGACUCGACGCGCCAGAACCUCACCGACAAUGCCGACAGCGAUCUCUACGAGAAAGAUGAAGCCGAGAAAUUUGCCGGUUAUCACACCUCCCUGCCUAUGGCCGAUGAGGACGACGACGUGGCCGAGGACACCACGCGGCGACUAGUCGGCCAAUAUACUGCCUCUCGGGAGAUGAUUGACGAGUUCGCACGCGGCGACCAUGUUGAGGAGGAGGAUGUCCUUGCUGGAAAGGGCGAAAAGAGCGGCCGCAUCAUCGACCGCGAGACCGACUACCAGAAGCGACGGUUUGACCGUGUCCUGACGCCCACCAGGGCGGACCCUUUUGCCGCCAAUCAUCAAGAUAGCGGCCCGGAGAGCGGUAACACCUACCGCGAGAUCAUGCAGAGUCAGGAACUUGAUCGGGAAGAGGAGCGCAUUCGGCGGGCUAUCUUGGCAAAGAAGGAUGGCGAGCAUGAUGCCGACGUCGAAAUGCGGCCCGCUUUGCAGGGCCCAGACAAAGGGAGCGAAGAAGGCUCGACGGAGGUUGUGACGACAGAACGCAAACGCAAGCAGAGGUGGGAUGUGUCGUCUACGCCGAGCGAGAGUCAAGCCGACGCAGGUCGCGGUGCAGCCGUGCCGUCUAAACGAUCUAGAUGGGACGAAACGCCAUCUGCCGGCGUAGGUGCCGCAGAGACGCAGCGAUCUCGGUGGGAUCAAGCGCCAUCUGCAACUCCAAUGGCAAGCCAAGGCCUGGCAACUCCACUACCUGUGUCCAGCAUUCCGGUUCUACCCCCGACCUUCGGAACGGACGUAGGGAGAAGCCUUGGCUUCAUCAGCGAUGAAGAACUGGACCUUCUGCUACCCGGAGAGGACCAAGGCUACAGGAUCCUCGAGUUUCCACCUGGAUUCGUUCAGAUACGUGCCCCAAACCACAGAGUUGCGGCGCCACCUGUUCCGGCAACCGGAUUCAUGAUGCAAGAUCCCGAGCAAACUCGACUCGGUGGCCAGCCCAUGUCCGCCGAAAUCUCCGGCGUUGGCGAUUUGCAGUUCCUCAAGCCUGAAGACAUGAACUACUUUGGCAAGCUUAACGACGGUGCCGACGAGACCAGCAUGAGUGUCGACGAACUGAAGGAGCGGAAAAUCAUGAAACUGUUGCUCAAGAUCAAGAACGGAACCCCCCCAAUGCGCAAGACGGCGCUGCGUCAGAUCACUGACAACGCACGACAGUUUGGCGCCGGGCCAUUGUUCGCCCAAAUUUUGCCCUUGCUCAUGGAGAAAACACUGGAGGAGCAAGAGCGGCAUCUCCUCGUCAAAGUCAUCGAUCGCAUUCUCUACAAGUUGGAUGACUUGGUCCGGCCCUAUGUGCACAAAAUCCUCGUCGUCAUCGAGCCGCUGCUCAUCGAUCAAGACUACUACGCGCGUGUAGAAGGCCGUGAAAUUAUUUCCAACGUUGCCAAGGCGGCGGGCCUUGCGACAAUGAUCAGCGUCAUGCGGCCCGACAUCGACAACGUGGAUGAUUACGUUCGAAACACCACAGCUAGAGCGUUUGCUGUGGUGGCAUCCGCCCUUUCUAUCCCUGCUCUUUUGCCGUUCUUGAGAGCUGUCUGCGGCAGCAAAAAGUCAUGGCAUGCUCGUCAUACGGGAGUCAAGAUUGUUCAGCAGAUUGCCAUCCUCAUGGGUUGCGCCGUUCUGCCGCAUCUCAAAGGCUUGGUUGAAUGCAUCUCACCGAACCUCAAUGAUGACCAAACAAAGGUUAGAACGGUGACGAGUCUCGCCAUCGCCGCGCUCGCCGAAGCGUCGAACCCGUACGGCAUUGAAAGCUUCGAUGAAAUAUUGAACCCUCUGUGGACGGGAGCGCGCAAGCAACGCGGCAAGGGGCUUGCAGGCUUCCUCAAGGCUGUAGGAUACAUCAUUCCCCUGAUGGACGAGGAAUACGCCAAUUAUUACACGACGCAGAUCAUGGAAAUUCUCUUGCGAGAGUUUUCGUCGCCCGAUGAAGAGAUGAAGAAGGUUGUCCUCAAGGUCGUGUCGCAAUGUGCGGCGACGAAGGGCGUCAGCGCAAAUUACCUGAAAGAGCACGUUCUGACGGACUUUUUCAAGAACUUUUGGGUGAGACGAAUGGCACUCGACAAGCGCAACUACAAGCAGGUUGUCGAGACGACGGUCGAUAUCGGACAGAAGGUUGGCGUGAGCGAGAUUCUUGAGAGGGUCGUCGACAAUCUCAAGGACGAAAGCGAACCCUACCGUAAGAUGACGGUGGAGACGAUCGAGAAGAUUGUGACGAGUCUCGGCGCAGCAGAUAUCGACGAGCGUUUGGAGGAAAGGCUCAUUGACGGUGUCCUGUAUGCCUUCCAGGAGCAGACGGUGGAGGAAAUCGUCAUUUUGAAUGGCUUUGGCUCUGUGGUCAACGCUCUGGGCGAUCGCUGCGCGCCUUUCUUGCCGCAGAUUACAAGUACCAUCCUGUGGCGGCUGAACAACAAGUCGCCCACGGUUCGACAACAGGCCGCCGACCUCAUCUCCCGCAUCGCAAUGGUUAUGAAGCAGUGCGGCGAGGAUGAGCUCAUGGGCAAGCUGGGCAUCGUGCUCUACGAGUACUUGGGCGAGGAGUAUCCAGAGGUUCUCGGAUCCAUCUUGGGCGCCCUCCGAUCGAUAGUGACAGUCGUGGGCAUCGCCCAGAUGCAGCCUCCGAUCAGAGAUCUGCUCCCUCGCCUCACCCCGAUUCUCCGCAAUCGUCACGAGAAGGUUCAAGAGAACACGAUCGACCUCGUUGGGCGCAUCGCAGACCGUGGCCCUGAGAGCGUCAAUGCUCGGGAGUGGAUGCGAAUCUGUUUUGAGCUGCUCGACAUGCUCAAGGCACACAAGAAGGGUAUCAGGCGAGCCGCCAACAACACGUUUGGCUUCAUCGCGAAGGCCAUCGGUCCCCAGGAUGUUCUGGCCACGCUCCUGAGCAACCUCAGAGUGCAGGAGCGUCAGUCCCGAGUCAACACCGCCGUCGCGAUAGGAAUCGUGGCCGAAACCUGCGCCCCUUUCACCGUUCUACCCGCGCUCAUGAACGAGUACCGCGUGCCAGAACUCAAUGUGCAGAAUGGCGUCCUGAAGGCACUAUCGUUCCUCUUUGAGUACAUUGGCGAGAUGGGCAAGGAUUACGUCUAUGCCGUCACGCCGCUUCUUGAAGAUGCACUCAUCGACCGAGACCAGGUGCAUCGUCAGACGGCCGCUGCUGUCGUCAAGCAUAUCGCACUUGGAGUAGUUGGCCUCGGGUGCGAGGAUGCCAUGGUUCACCUCCUCAACCUUCUGUACCCCAACUUGUUCGAGACGAGUCCGCACGUCAUUGACCGGAUCAUCGAAGCCAUCGAAGCCAUUCGCAUGGCUGUUGGCCCAGGCCUGGUGCUCAAUUACAUAUGGGCAGGCCUGUUUCAUCCGGCGAGAAAGGUGCGCACGCCGUACUGGCGGCUGUACAACGAUGCAUACAUCCAGGGCGCGGACUCAAUGGUACCGUACUACCCAAACCUGGACGAAAAUACGGUGGAGAGGACGGAACUAGCGAUUAUGCUGUAA